CGGGCACCAGCCGGGGAAGCCAUUUUAGGUUUUGAUUAAUAAGACGAGCGGGAGAGGCCUCUAGACUCCGCCAUUUAUCUUGACACCUACGCUUAUUUGGGCAUUGUGGAUUUUUGGUGCUGUCCAUCUGUUUCUCUGAUUUUGGUUGUUCGGGUUUUGGAAGACAUGGUCAGAGCAAAUAAGGCUUGCAUAGCUAGUGUACACAAAGUAACUGAGACCAAACCUAAGGAAUCCAAUUCGGAGCUUAAUGCUGAGGAUGCAUCUUCUCUGGUCAUCGAAGGGAUGAGAGAGGAGAAACUGCAGGGAGAGUCUAAUCCAAAAGUAAAAGAGGAGAAAGAGGCCAGUGAUGAUGCUGAAGAGGCGAAAGAGAAGAAUAAGGGAAAUGAAAAGGAAGAAGUUGAAGAAGCUAGGAAGAAGGACAAUAGUGAAGUAGAUGGGAAUUUUGAAGCGAAAAAGGUGGAUGAGGGUGGAAGGGAAGUGGAUGCUAAAGAACCAAAUAAGGACAAAGAGAUGGAGAUGGUCAAAGAGAGCAGGGAAGAAACAAAAAAUGACAAAGGGAAGAAAAAGAAAAUGACUAAGAAAACUACAAGAUUGAUAAAGAAGAAAAAUAUAGCAGCUAAAAAUGAUGACAAAGGGAUUGUAGGUGUUGAAGAUGGUGAGAUGAAGAAAACUGUCAAAGGAGAUGAGAAGAAGGAACAAAUAAGCGUAGAUGAGCAAAAGAUGGAAGCAAAUGCAGAUGAAGCAAAGAAGGAGGCUAAGCCAUGUAUGGAAAAUAAAGAGGUAAAGUUAAAUGAGAAAAAGGAGCAAAAACUACAAAAUAAUGGGAAGAGGAAAAGGGAGAAUAAGGUGGAUGAUUCAUUAGUAUCUCAAGAAACUAAAAGCUUAAAGAAUAAGGAUAAAGUAACAACUGAAAAUGUUGAGAUGGUUGCCAGUUAUGCAGGGGAUGCUGGCAAGACAUCAGAUUCCGGAAUAAAAGAAAGUGCGGGUCUCAUAUUUAUGUGCAGCAAGAACACAAAAAGGGACUGCUUCAAGUACAAGGUUCUAGGUUUGCCUGCUAACAAAAAGGAGCUGGUUGCAAAGGUUUACAAAGGGAUGCGGCUAUUCUUGUUUGAUGUUGAUCACAGGCUUAUGUAUGGAAUCUAUAGAGCUGCUGGACGUGGAGGGUAUAAUAUUGAGCCCAGGGCUUUUAAUUCUGCUUUCCCGUCACAGGUUCGCUUCAAGGUUGUUAGUGAAUGCACACCUUUACCGGAGGAAAAAUUCAAGGCUGCAAUCAAUGAUAAUUAUGUUGGGAGGAAAAGAUUCAAUAUUGAGUUGACAGGUGAACAGGUGAAAAAGCUCUGCAAGCUUUUUACAUCAAGCAGAAACGAUGACCUGGUCAGAAAAGAUUCUGGUAGUUUGGGGAUUGACAAGAGACAACGGAGGCGAGUGAGAGGUCGGAGACACGGAGAAAGGGUAAGGGAUCAACGGCCAGCAACAACAUCAAAUAGGAGUCUUGGCGUCCAUAUGGGAACUUUGUCUAGGUCUAUUGAGCUCUCAAGAGGGGAUGAACCAGUGAGUAGGGUUCGUGGCAUUGUAAGGGAAAGGGAACCGAUUAGAGCUCAUAGACUUUCUAGGGAUAGUACCCUAAUCAGUGGAGUUCAUGGACUCCCAAGGGAGAAUACACUAGUCAGUGAAUUUCAUGGACUUUCAAGGGAGAGAUUCCCAAGGGAAAGGUUACUAGUUGAUGGAGUUCAUAGGAGAGAGACUGGCAUUUAUGACUAUGACAGAGAAGCUAGUGACAUCUACACCAGAGAAGUUUAUGCAUUACCACCUCUGCCUUCACAAUCAUAUGUGCAUGAAGAUUCUCUACAUGCAGAUCUUCGUCGUAGAGAAUUGGAAGUGGAAAGACGUGAGCGCAGGCUUUUGGAACUGGAGCAGAGGCAGAAAGAAAUGAUUCGAUAUGAACAACCUUACCAGUAUAAUGAUCCCACCAUAUACCAUGAUAGACAAUUGCCAUAUGCAACAGACUAUACAUCUAGGCGUGGAUACUAACCUGGCAAAGCUGAUUCAAUUUACUGUGCAAUGUAGUCGUUUAUAUGCUGUUUCUGUUUCAUGUCUAAAUUGCACGGGCAAUGGUCUUUGCGUGCUGUCUGUUUUGUCUCUUUCUCACAAUUGCAUUUUGCAGCAAUCCUCAUUGUGCUAUUCAAUUGCUUGCCCGAUGGGACAUGAAAUUCUGAAGGUCGUAACAAAGGAAUUACUUUAAUUUA